AUGGUCAACUCCUGUUGUGGCUCCACCUGCUCUGAGGAGGGCUGCUGCCAGCCCAGCUGCUGCAGGCCCCAGUGCUGCACCUCUAGCUGCUGCCGCCCCAGCUGCUGUGUGUCCAGCUGCUGCAGGCCCUGCUGCCAGUCUGUGUGCUGCCAGCCCAGCUGCUGUCGCCCCAGCUGCUGCCGCCCUACCUGCUGCAUCUCCAGCUGCUGUAGGCCUUGUUGCCAGCCCAGCUGCUGCCGCCCCAGCUGCUGCAUCUCCAGCUGCUGCAGGCCUUCUUGCCAGUCCGUGUGCUGCCAGCCCUGCUGCCGCCCCAGCUGCUGCCGCCCCAGCUGUACUAGCUCCAGCUGCUGUGGCUCCAGCUGUUGCCGCCCCAGCUGCUGCAUCUCCAGCUGCUGCAGGCCCCAGUGCUGCACCACCAGCUGCUGCAGGCCCCAGUGCUGCAUCUCCAGCUGCU